UGGUUACAGGUUUGACUGCAUAGCUGCUUUUCCGGUGCACAUGACACAAAAAGAGAAGAAUGUCUGGCUUACGUAAUUAAAGGUCUCCUGUUGGCCGUUUUUCUUUUGGCGACUGAAAGCUCUUAAUUGGAAUGUCACAGAAGUCCAAGCCUGGACCAACAGUGGAAACACUGCCACUGCAGCAGCUUGGUUCCAGAGUUUUCCAAACCAGUCUCUGUUGGCAUGUUUUUGGCUGGUUUUGUGAGAUUUUUGAUCCCCUCAUCUGUUUUGUUUUGUAUCUUAUCCCCAGCUUCCUGCCGCUGAUCCACAUCUAAAAAUGUCUUCUGAAUGUGACAUCAAAGCGCACCGCGUGCUCCUGUGAGGUUUAAUUUAACGCGUUGAGUCCUCUGCUUUAAAGCCUGCAUUAAUCUAAUCUCUCCCACAGGGUGCUCUGUCCUCUGGUUCUUCAUCAUCAAGAUGUCGACUGAGGUUUUGCAGCGGCUCAGCACCAUAGCACUGAGCACCAAGCACCUGCGUCGUCUCCCUCACCUCUCAGACUUCCUCCCUUUCUCUUUACCGCCGCCCAGCCCCACCGUCACUGCCUCCCAGGUACCCAGCCUGUUCCGGGAACCCUACAUCCUGUCAGGAUGCCGUCCUGUCCAGCAAGACUGGCGCUGCUACCUCCUCAGCCUCUUCCAGAAACAUAAUGAGUCCCUGAACGUGUGGACCCACUUGCUGGCCGGUCCUGUCCUGCUGCUCCGCUGGUGGGCCAAUGUAGACACCCUGGGGUGCACCUUGGAUGACGUUACCUCGCUACCUCUGCUCCUGUUCUUGGUGUCAUCUCUCACAUAUCUGUACCUCAGUGCGGCGGCUCAUCUCCUGCAAUCUCACUCCGAACGCGCGCACUACUUCUUCUUCUUGGACUACGUGGGUGGCCUGUAUCAGUAUGGGUGCUCGCUCGGCCACUAUUUCUACGCGUCUGAGCCAGCGUGGCGAGAACGCGUUGGGGUAAUCUUUCUGCCUGGCGCCGCCUUCUUUGGGUGGCUCUCCUGCACGGGUUGCUGUUACGCCAAGUUCAGGUACAGGCGGCCAUAUCCACCUCAGCGUAAAGUGUGCCAGCUGAUCCCCACCGGCCUAGCGUACGUGCUGGAUAUCAGCCCCGUAGCCCACCGCCUGCUCACUGUCUCCUGGUCACAGGAGCCCUCGCUACCCUUCCACGCUCUCCAGAUUGCCUGUUUCCUCUUGUCUGCCCUCUUCUUCUCUUGCUCCAUCCCUGAGCCCUUCUUUCCAGGCAACUGUGACUUUGUAGGCCAGGGUCACCAAAUCUUCCACGUGCUUCUGUCCCUGUGCACCUUGUCCCAGCUGUAGGCUUUGUUCCAGGACUACGCCCGGCGGAGGGAUACAGUGGUGGAGUUAUUUGGGGAGCGGCAGUUGUGGUGGGCGUGCGUAUCCUUCCCCGUCUUGUUCGUGUGCUGUAUCCUGACGGCGCUGAUCGCAAUGAGGCGUAUGAGCAAGGCACUGCAGAGUAAAGACGAGUGAGAGCGCAACGAAGAAAAAUCAAAGAGCAAAUCAUAAUUAUUUUAAUAACAAAACCAAAUACAUAUAUUUACUUUUGUCUAAAAGAUUCAGAUAAAAGACUAUCUUAUCACGGAAAUACUUGAAGAAUAAAAUACUCUGGAACUUCUUCCGGUCUGGUAUAUCUGAAGAUUUAACUGCUGAUUCAUGAAAGAAAUAGUUGCCAUAAUUUGCUAAGUACAGCUGAGUGAAGUUUUCCACAGUGAGUCACCCUCCCAUGUAACUGGUCACAGAGGCUCAGAGUAAUCCAGGAGCACGAUAACCUAAAAUAGUCUCUGGAUGCUGCUGGAAACGUAUCGAGAACACAAACAUUUGUACUGUAGAUCCCGUCCAGAGAAGAUCAACUUAACGCGCUUUUGUCCUCGUCUGAAAUUCACGUGAGAGACCAGAAACACGAUAAACUUUGGAGGUUGUGUGGAGCGGGCUGUGAGCGACGUGUGUUUACAGGCAUUACAAUGGAAGCUAAACACUAUAUCUUGUCGACCCUGUUUGUUCCCAUUGAGGAAAGUAGGUUAUUGUAUCUGAGGUUUCGGCCAUUCUUUGUUCCGCUACACAGACUGUAUGUCGAGCACUUUGAGGCUGCGGCCGCACCUUUUGUAUCUAUUAUGUGAAGAAAGUUUCCCCCUGUGAGAGUUUACGGGACGGCCCAGAAUGGGAGCGAGUCAGGCUCCUUUUAAAGGGAUACUUCCACAUUUUGUGAGGCUCUGCUACUCCAGUUUUAUUAGAAAAUUCAUGCCACCCUCAUUACUGUCAGCUUAUCUCAAAGAGGAGGGAGUCGACUUUGUCCAAAGGUAACAAAGGUCAGGUUCAGUGAGUCACCACUUUAUAUGUGGUUGUUUGACUUCUUAGAAAAGGACAGUAUGAAUGAAAAGUUGCAGUUGUUAACAGGCUUGUGUGCUGGACCCUGGCUGGGUACGGUGGUUUCCUCUUGUUGGGUUACUUUUGAGGUUGAAAGUCCACGUUUAGCAGCAGUGAACAAUAUUUGAUUCCUUACCUGUAUUCAUUUGAUUGUGAGUGCACUGGCUGUCUAGCAUGUAGACUUGUCUGUGAUAGGUUAGCUGAGCUCUGUCCCAAAGCAGAUUCAUAAAGACUCGGUGCUGAUUUCUCCUUUGGAUGGGUCUUUAUGUCUGUUCACGUUUCCUGUGCACAGUAAACAUGCUCCACAUGACAAACUUCACACUGCAUCCUUUAAAAGUGCUACUGGGCAGGUUUUGUAGCUCUUGGGCACAACUGGGCCUUUUUCCCAAACGAUUCUGAACUUGUUCGAUCUUUCUGCUGGAAGUCUCAGGACGAAAGCGAUUAAGUAUAUGUCGUUUGAAAUACAUAACCUAAAUAUGUGUCCCAGCAGCCUGUUCAUGAGCUCUGUAUGCAGAGAUUCAAUGAUGAUGAGUAAUCUUCUACACUUAGUAUUCUUCCAAUGGAAGCAAAGAGAGUUAUUUGUUUGCUGCAUUCGUGGCUAUGGUCCAAAUACCUGAAAUGCUGUGGAAGAGUGGCUGUAGAUUUCACUUUGUGUUGCUGAGCAUAUCUCAUGUGAAUAUCAGCAAAAGGAAAAUUGCUGAGAGGUACAGACUGCCUGUUGAGCGGGGCUCCGGGAGGUCAUCGUGACAGGAUGGGGCUGUUAAACAGGUAAUGGGUGUGGGCGCGUUGCUUGGUGUUCGUGUCAUUCCUCACAAAGAUAUGCGAGUCGGGGUGGUGAGGCGAGGACGUGUGGGUGUUGUGCAAGUGCUGGGGAACACCACUGCAAUUCUCUGAAUACUUGUUUAUGUCAAACUUUCAUAAAGGUGGCAUAUCCUGUUUGUGUGUGUGUCAAACUGGAUCAUAUGUGUUGGACAAAUGUAGGACCGUCACUCGACUGUACUGGAACCAUUAAACACUGUAAUUCCACACCAUGCUCUGGUUAUACUUGCUGCCUAACAGGAAGUACCCGUUCAUGUGCGCAACCAUUCAGCUGGUCUGAUAACUGCUCCAGGAGUUACUCUACGGUAUGAGCCCUUAGUCAUGAAACUAAGUCUUGACCCUUUUCAAAUUAAUCUUUGUAAUUCCACGAGCACAGCUGAGACUGCAGCCUGCAAAAGCACAAUAAUCCCUUCAGUCUGGAUCCAGGUCCAGACAGUGCUCUGCAUUAGAACAAAGAUCCUUUUUUUGUCUAAUACACCCUUUGUGGGAAUAAUUUCACCUGCCAGAGCCAAUCAGCUGCCGGUACAGUGAGAAACAUGGAGAAACUAGCAUGUGUGUGUCUUUUUGUGGCUGUUUACAGUAUAUCCUCUGAAACCCCAGAGUCGACAGGAUUAUAUGAAAAGUCUGAUCGCACACAUCAUCGCAUCACUGUUAACGUCUUUGCUGAAAACCUCAUAUAGGAAAUAAGCUGCUUAUCUGCUUUAUGUACUCUACAGUUGCACUGCAAGCCACUUUGCAACCCCCUCGCCCAAACCACCACCACCUCCUCCUCCUCAUGCCUUGACCCUGUCAUCAUGGUUCUGUGCUGGGAUCUUUCCACAUAUCCCCAGAACAGAGCCAUGUCACCGACAAAAUACAGCACAUUUAAAUAACACGUUUCUUGUGCCUGUGGCGGUCCUGAGUUAAAAAACACAAAACACUGUAUUACCAUAGCUUGAAGAUGACUGUAUAGUUAAAGUGCGUAAAGAUUAGAGGUUGAAGCAGCUGCUGGCCUGUGACCACCUGCAGUGUUUUCUAGGAAACAGCUGCUUUUGUUUAUUAUCGUUUGUACACUACAGCUUCCUGUAUCGAUUCAUCUAUUUUAUCUUUUAAAUAAGUCAGACAGGAGUUUUCCGAUAAAAUGCACAUUCCAGCUUUUCUGGAAUGUGUAGGCAUGACAGACGCAAGUGUUAUUCAGAGAUAAUGAACGAGACAAUAGGUUGUUUAUGGGCUGUGCGAGCACCUCCUUCAUAACAGACUGGAUAACUGGUCCCUCCCUAACUUGUUUGAAUGCUUUGAGCCACAUAAAGCAGAGGCAGUUGAAUGACUGCGAGCAGCUGGUGACAGUUACAGAGCCAAGCAGCACGCGACGUAAGCUGAGACUUCAAGAAUGGCUCCAGUUGGGAUGGUCGGUGUGCUGGGUUGGUUUUCUCCAGAGGUGGGCGUCAUCUCCCUCGUCGCCUUCCUCGUCCUCAGCGUCACUCUUGUGGCUCUUUGUGCCAAGUGUAACAGGAGCAGCAGCAACGCCUAUGACGUGAGCGGAGCAGUGUAUGUUGAUGGAAGAGGAGGAGGAGGAGGAGGAUCCAAUGGAACAACUGCCACACAGUCGGGAAAUGCGUCCGACCUAGAUUCUUCAGGCUCCACAUGGAGAAACCACAAAAACAUGCCUCCACACACACUCUCGACACAGAGGCCGAAAGCAGGAACAAAUUAAACAAUCAGUUAUACUCCUGAACACUAACCCCAACCACACAACACACCCCAGAAAACAGAAGCUCCCAAGAAUCCGGAGGAGGGACAAAUCAUCCACAACAUCCCGCUGCAAAGAAACCCCAGUUUCCCACACUUGAUCAUAUCCCAAAUGCACAGAUGGACGGGAAAAGAAGAGGAAGGGUAGGAGGGAAAGUUGGCUCUGUCCUGUGCCAGCUCGAGCUACCAUCCAUACCUCGUCUUUAACAAAUCAGACCUUCACUUAUUUGGAUGCUGUUUAAUUUCCUAUAGUCUUCAUUAUGGAAGCCUUUGUAGAAGUCUGGAUUCUGUAAGCUGAACUUUCCUGUCUUUGCCUUUAGUACGUCCACUCAUCACAUAGAAAAUAUAAGCAGUUAUCUGAACUGAUUUACUGUGAGAGUGGUAAAAUCGAAAACUCUUGAAGCUGAGAAAUUAAAGCAGUCCGUCACAGGCGUAUCUAUCAAGUCUUUGAGCUUAUUUCACUCUGACUGGUGCUCACUGGUGUUAAUUUCAAUAGCUGUCAUGUGUGUUUAGCUUCAGAGUAAGCUGGGAAAUUACACCUGCAGUGUGUUAACUACACUCAGAACAGGGAAACGACCAAAUCAUGUAAUUGUUAUGAAGCUCUUUUCUGAUUGGUUUAAAUAAGUGUCACCUGUAGGUUUGUUUUUUUUUAUUACAGAUCGUAUUUUAUCAGUUUUAAAAUGUGCUGUCUCAUUGGCGCUAAGAAGAUUGAAAUCAUAUGUGUCCACAGAUUCUCAUGCUAAGGCUAAAGAUUCACCAAGCCUUACAAAACGCCCGCUAAAGCUAAUAACAGAUUAUAUCACAUUUACUUCAUCUCGGGGUUCAGGGUGCUUGCCUUAUUUCUGGGCCUGGUCUGGUCUUCAGCAGUGGGAUGAGAAAGACGGCUCGAGUCGUUCUCUUGGGGACGCUUCACACUGUUACGAUAGCUACACAGCUGUCUGUGGUUCAGGCUCUGCUGCUGCUGGAUAUUUUUGGCUUUUAGCUAGCUAGCUAUCUAGUGAGUAUGUAAAAAUAUUUGAGUGAGUCCACAGUGUCAAAGAAGUCUAUGGCCAAACCAGCCAAGUUUGUGUUUGAAUAUCAGCAUAAGCAGGUUCGUUAGGGGGCGUGUACAUCUUUGAGUCAGACAUGGCUGAUUAAGCUCAAAUUAGUGUUAACCAUUUCCUCUCACUUCCUUAUUCUAAGCCAGGGGUGGGCAAUCUCAGUCCACGAGGGCCGGUGUCCCUGCAGGUUUUAUCUGCAGGUUUUAGCUAGGACACUGUUAUUCUUCUUUAAAUCUGUGCUAAUAUUGUUGCUAGCUAUUUUUAAAUGAGUGCUGAAGAUUUUAGGGUCAGAGUCACAAAUGAUGAAAAAUAUAAAGUGACUUUUUUUUCUCUAUGCAGAUGUUGACACAUGUUGUGAUAAGAAGGACUUUUCUCACCUCGUGUUUCUGUUUUCAUUUAUACUUUCAUAGCUCUGCUCCUCUGCUUAGCCGAUGACUCGCAGCAUUACUGGCUCUGUGAACAAAGCGGGUGAUAUGAUUGGAGUGGAGUCUGCAUUUGCAGACGAUUUAAUGUGAACCAAAGGUCACAACAUCUCAAAGCAGGGUGGAGUUAUCAUUCUUGUAAUGCCUGCUGUCACACCAUCCUUUACCAUGUAAAUCCACUCAAGUGUUCAAAUGACACACACCCUAGUGAGGCAGCACCGGCAUAACUGAUAAUGCUUAUCUUAGCACUGUACAUUAAAGGUGUGGAAAACUG